CCCCAUUCUCCGCCUCUCUCUCUCUCUCUCUCUCUCUAUUCUACCCGAACCCGACUCCAUGGCCCGCCAUUCCAACCCGACCUCCUCCUCUCUCACCACCUCCGCCACCUCCACCACCUCCACCACCAUUCGUAUUCCAAUUUCCACCAUCACUAUUUGCUGAAACUUCAACUCUCCUUCGCCGCCGUUAAGUUCCCGGAGCUCCGCUAAUCUAUUCGGGUCGGGUAUUGUAAUCCAAGUAUGGCGAAUUUGCAGAGCUGCAGCAGCAGUGUGUGCCUGAGAGAGUCGUCGGCUCUCUUGCUUCCGCGUCGUAGUGUCAACGAAAGCUACAAGAGUAGGACUGUAAAAUGGAGGAGUCCACGAGGAGCUGUGGUGCCGAAUUUUCAUCUUCCAAUGCGAAGUUUCGAAAUUAAAAACAGGACAUCUACGGAAGAAAUAAAAUCACUUAGAUUGAUAACAGCCAUCAAAACGCCUUAUCUACCAGAUGGCAGAUUUGAUCUUGAAGCGUAUGAUGCAUUGGUUAAUACACAGAUUGAACAUGGAGCUGAAGGUGUGAUUGUUGGAGGCACAACUGGUGAAGGUCAAUUGAUGAGUUGGGACGAGCACAUAAUGCUAAUAGGCCACACGAUUAACUGUUAUGGUGGAUCAAUUAAGGUUAUAGGAAACACUGGCAGCAACUCCACAAGAGAAGCAGUUCAUGCUACUGAACAAGGGUUUGCAGUUGGGAUGCAUGCUGCACUGCACAUCAAUCCUUAUUACGGAAAGACCUCCCUGGAAGGAUUGGUUAAGCACUUCGAUAGGGUCUUAUCUAUGGGACCCACUAUCAUAUAUAAUGUGCCGUCACGAACUGGCCAAGAUAUCCCCCACCAGGUGAUUAACACGUUGGCACAGAAUGCCAACUUGGCGGGUGUCAAGGAGUGCGUUGGAAAUGAUCGGAUCAGAGAGCACAUUGAGAAGGGAAUUGUGGUUUGGAGUGGUAAUGAUGAUGAGUGCCAUGAUUCAAGGUGGAGUCACGGGGCUACUGGAGUCAUAUCUGUCACUAGUAAUUUGGUUCCUGGUUUAAUGCGAGACCUCAUGUUUGGGGGAAAGAAUCCUUCUCUUAAUGCAAAGCUCAUGCCUCUGAUUGCGUGGCUAUUUCAGGAGCCUAACCCCAUCGGCCUUAAUACAGCACUUGCGCAACUUGGUGUUGUGAGGCCGGUUUUCAGGCUGCCAUAUGUGCCUCUUCCUCUUGCUAAGAGAGUAGAAUUUGUGAACCUGGUAAAGAAUAUUGGGCGGGAACAUUUUGUUGGAGAAAAGGAUGUUCAAGUUCUUGAUGAUGAUGACUUCAUCUAUUUGGAUCGAUAUUAGGUAGUUUCUGGUUUACGCUUAUUUUUUCUGAGUUUUUCCGUCGGAAUCUAUAAAUGGAAUGUUAUCUUUGUUGUUACUUUACAAAUGUCUCAGGAGACUAGUUUUAAGUUACAAAUAUCAAUGUGUUUCAAGUGCUCUAUCAAUAAAGUUAUAUGAGUAUCCUGGUUCAGUCAUUA